AUGACGACGUCUUACACAGACAAGGGAGAAAAGCCCCUGCGAGGCCGCUUCAUCCAUUUCCACUCCAUCACCUUCUGGGUCGGCAAUGCCAAGCAGGCUGCCUCCUACUACUGCAACAAGCUGGGAUUCGAGGAGCUGGCGUACCGGGGGCUGGAGACCGGCAGCAGGGAGGUGGUCUCACACGCCAUCAAGCAGGACAAGAUCGUCUUUGUUCUCUCGUCCGCUCUCAACCCGGGGAAUGAGGAGAUGGGGGAGCACCUGGUGAAGCAUGGCGACGGGGUGAAGGACAUCGCCUUCGAAGUGGAGGACUGCGACUUCAUCGUGCAGAAAGCCAAGGAGCGCGGAGCCGUGGUGGUGAAGGAGCCCUGGGUGGAGGAGGACAAAUUCGGGAAGGUGAAGUUCGCGGUGAUCCAGACGUACGGUGACACCACCCACACCUUGGUAGAAAAGCUCAACUACAGGGGCCUCUUCCUACCCGGGUACCACCCGCCCCUCUUCAAGGACCCCCUGCUGCCAAAGCUACCCAGCGCCAAGCUCAACUUUGUUGACCACGUCGUGGGGAACCAGCCUGAUCUCCAGAUGGUCCCAGUGGCGGACUGGUACCAGAAAAACCUGCUUUUCCACCGCUUCUGGUCGGUGGACGACAAGCAGCUGCACACCGAGUUCAGCGCCCUGCGCUCCAUCGUGGUCACCAACUACGAAGAGACUAUUAAGAUGCCAAUCAACGAGCCAGCGCUUGGCAAGAAGAAAUCCCAGAUUCAGGAAUAUAUUGACUACUACGGCGGGGCCGGAGUCCAGCACAUCGCACUGAACACCUCCGACAUCAUCACGGCGAUCACCAACCUGAAGCAGCGGGGCGUGCAGUUCAUGGAUGUGCCAUCCAGCUACUAUCAGAUGCUGCGGGAGAGGCUGAAAACUGCCAAAAUCAAAGUGAAGGAGAACAUCGACAAGCUGGCGGAACUGAAAAUCCUGGUGGAUUUUGAUGAGAAAGGCUACUUGCUCCAGAUCUUCACCAAACCAGUUCAAGACAGACCCACAGUCUUUCUGGAGGUCAUCCAGCGGCAUAACCACCAGGGCUUCGGUGCUGGGAACUUCAAGUCUCUGUUUGAAGCCAUCGAAACAGAUCAAGACGCAAGAGGAAACCUGACUGUCCUGGAGCCCAACGGGGAGACCAAGCGCAUCUAGAGGAUGGCAGAAAACGCCGCCCUCGUCCCUGACGAGCUGAUUCACAAACGAACCAGGAAAUGGCCGUUGUUUUGGUAAAUAGCCCAGACCUAAGUGUCAUAAACCCAGGGAAGCUGCUGCCAAGUUGGAGAUGUAACAGGACUCAACACCUAUCCCGACCCAGCCCCGGCGCUGCCCUCCAGUGACUUCUUGGGAGAGGGAGCAUGGGAAAUAGCAAACACGCUCUUAAAAAGCAGUUUAAUCUGACCCAAACCACCAAAUUCUUAACAAAAGGCAGAUUUAAGGCAUGUGCCAAAGACACGCAGCUACGGAGGAAGACAGA